GCUACCAUUGAGGACACCGAGGUCAUGUCCUCGGUAUUUUCUUCAAGUUUCGUUUAAUUUAUUAAGUAGGCUACGAAUAUCCGACGAGACAAUUAUCCUUGCAUUAACGUACCAUCACGUGACACGCCGUUGCAGAUAGGCUACCUCUGACAUGUCAAAACAAAAGUAGCGUCGACUCGGUUAUCGUGGACUGUGCCAAUAAACUAGGCUAUUUAACAAACGCAACGCAGCUCACAUAAACGUCAAUAUAAAUCCAUUAUCCAAAAUAAAUUAACUUGACGGUUGGUUCAUUUCUGUCAGAAGGCUUUCACCUGACCUAUACAAAGGCUGCAACAAAGUUAACGUUUGGAAAGCCAGAAGAAGUUGAGCAGACAAAGAGAAGGAGGGAAGAAAUCAAGCUUUAAAAUCCAGAUAGAAACGGACACAUUUAAGUGAUCAUGACGAGAGGAUUUUCCAUCACUGAAGGGUGGAAUGAAAAUCCAUCUCACUCUGCCCAGGGGUAUUGAGCAGAGUGGAAUUCUAUUCUAUUAGGACAUUUUUCUUCCCUCAACACCAACUAAAAAAGCAAGUUAUGGGUCAAAGCUCCUAAACACAGUGAUGUCACUCACUACGUCUGAAGAGAUUGUGUCUAGUUAAGUCUAAUAUGCUGAGGACGAUACGUCAGCUCAAAUACAAACACAUCCUCUAUGAGCCUCCCCUGACUCCCUGCGCCGUCCUGCUGCUAAGAGGCGAGGAGAGACGGAGUCACGAAGAUCUCCUCUCCGAGCCGUCUGGGAGCAUGAGGCGCUUUCAGCUGCUGAGGAAGUUUCCUUUCUUCUGGUCACAGAGAGCCGGUGCUCAGGACGGAGAAACCCGCUUACUUAUACCAAAGGGAGAGAGCGAUGAUGGUCCGACGACAGGUGCCUCUGUGUACCAGGGGACCGAAACCAGGGAGUCCGACAGACCAGUCGAGGCUGAGGGCGAGAAGGAGAGGCCGCCUGGUGGUGCGGCGGACGCACCCGCGUCCCUACCUCGCACGCCCCCCAACACCCUCGGCGACUACAUCCUCAAGCUUGUCCUGCUCACCUGCAACCUGGUGUUCACGGCCUUCGGCCUGGCGUUGCUCGGCCUGGGCCUGUGGGGCCUCGUCAACAAGGAGUCCUUCGCCCAGGAGCGCAUCGGCCAGAUCAGCACCGACCCCAUGCUGCUGUUCGUGCUGCUGGGCCUGCUGCUGUCGCUGCUGUGCGUGACGGGCUGCGUGGGCGCGCUGCGCGAGAACUACUGCCUGCUGCGCAUCUUCUCGGCCAUGGUGCUCACCAUGGUGGCGGCGCAGGUGCUGGCCGCCAUCCUGGCCUACAGCCUGCAGGACAAGAUCGUGGGCGUGCUGCGCUCCGGCAUGCUGAUGGCCAUGGUGCGCUACCAGGACGACCUGGACAUGAGGUUCAUCACCGACGAGAUCCAGACGGGCCUGCAGUGCUGUGGGGCAGACAACUACAGGGACUGGGAGGUCAAUGUGUACUUUAACUGCUCAGCCCCCGGUAUGCAGGCGUGUGGAGUCCCAGCCUCCUGUUGCCUGGACCCCCUGGAGAACGGCACCGUGUGGAACUCACAGUGCGGCUUUCGGGCCCAGGAGCUGGGUGAGUUCACAGCCCAGAGCGUCAUCUUCCUCGGGGGCUGCCUGGGCGCCAUGGCCCGCUGGAUCGAGCAGCACAAUGGACUCAUCGGCACAGUGGCCGUGGCGUUGCUCCUCGUCCAGAUCCUCGUGCUGUUCGUCACCACGAGGCUAAUGGAUAAGAUACACUGGCACAGGGCAGUGAGUCAACACUAUGCACAGGCCUCCAGGACAUGAGGGCUGAGCCAGAUGUGCAGCAUGGACACUUACAGUCACAGUCAGACACAAGUAUAAACAUUAGUGCACACACACGCACGCACACACACAUACAUACACACACACACACACACACACACACACACACACACACACACACACACACACACACACACACACCAAACCACACAGCAAACAGCCCUACCACCUUCCCACAGGAUGCAGCUGGGAUGCUGAGCUGUCUACAUGCUGCAGUGUAUAUAAUUCAUUUUUAACCAUUCUUCACCGUCAG